CCUCGCUCCCGCAUCGCUCGUGCCAGUUUUCUUUCGGAACGGCUCCAGAGAAGAAGUAUUAAAAGGGGGGGGAAUACCAAAGCCAGGAGAGGAGGUUGAAACGGAAGAAUUCGUUGCCCGAUUACGGGGGCUGAUCGGUCGUUCGAAACGAGGCGAUAGAAACAGGUUGGUGUGACGUUCUAUCGCGUGGAAAUUCGAUGGCCGAGAGAGUCGCGGAGAGACGGCGUAUGCUGUGAAGUCGCGCAUCAGAAAGUAGGUUCGACUCGGCGGCCGUAAGAAGAAAGAGUAGAGGUAGGAGCGAGGAGGAGCGUACAUACAGAGAAAAGAAGAAGAAGAGGAAGAAGAAGAAGAAGAAGAGGAAGAAAAGAAAGAAGGUGUGCGAGGACGCGUCCGUGAGUCGCGUGAGAGGUGAGGGCGACGGCGGCGUGGUGAAAGCCGCGGUGGAGCCAUAGAAAGAAAAAUUCGGCGGUAACCGGUAGUACCGAAGCUACCAAGGUGUUCCGGAGCGCAGCAGCAGCGGCCCAGGAUGCUGCCCGUCGGAGCAAGAAGAUGGCCGUGAUCGGCGAGCAGAGGUUCGAGGCUGCGACAGCCGGGUCGCCGUCCUCCCUGUCCUCGACGUUCUCUUCUCAUCGGCGUCGACAGAGAAAAAAGCCCACGCAUUCACCCGGACGACUAGCGAUGUCCUCUUCACGGGGUAGCGGUCCGGAAUCGGGAGAGCUCAGCGACUCCGAGGACGGCUACCUGGAGACGGAUCCCCUGAGGUACGAACUGAGAAAUAUACAGAAUGUGAUACAUGUUACUCGUCAGAAUAUUGAUGCACUAAACAACCAUAUUGCCGGAUUCCAACAACCACCCCUGAUAUACUUGAACGAAUACCAGGAGUUAACCAGUAAGUUGCAAGAUCUAGAGUCCAAGGAACAGAAGCUCAACGAAAUGUUGAAUACCAAUCGAGUGUCAGGCAAUGCUUCCACGUCAGAGAGCGAAUCUCGCGAAGCCAACGCGAACAUUAAAAGUCAGAGAAUGCCUACGAAGUCUUUGCUCAGGGCAUAUUUACCUAAUCAACAGCGUACCAGUGUUCAAGUUCGCGAAGGACUGUCGCUUAGAGACGCAUUGGCCAAGGCAAUGAAAUUGAGGAAUCUGACUACCGAAAUGUGCGUGGUAUAUAUCUUGGGUGCCGACAAUUCUAAGGACCUUACAUCUUGGGACACGGAUAUUUCUGUAUUAGAUUGCGAUGAAAUAUCUGUUGAAAUUUUGGAUAAGUUUCCGAUAACUACUUCCAUUUCACACAAUUUCGUGCGUAAGACUUUCUUCACACUGGCAUUUUGCGAUUGGUGUAGAAAACUCAUCUUUUACGGAUUUUAUUGUAGAACGUGUAAUUAUCGAUUUCAUCAAAGAUGUGCAGGUGGUGUUCCUGCAUUGUGUCAUCAAGUUCGCAUGCAAGAUGCUUACUACCAGGCAUUGUUGGCACACAAUCUUGAGAGUGCUGGUAUCCUGCAACUUCCUUCUCGCUACGAUCUAAGCAGAAGUAUGUCUCCAUCUCUUACACCCUCGAGGAAUCAGAGGCAUCCACGGUCCUUAGGACAACAGGAUCGUUCCAGCUCUGCACCUAACGUUUGCUUCAACAUGGUCAAACCAAGCGGUGAUUCUGCUAAUUUAGACGAGUACAGCAGAUCUCAAAGUUUAGGUCGUCCUGUUGGCAUCACUCAAAGUGCUGUAUCUCCUGGUAAUAGCCCAACAAAACACAGUCAAUCGACACAGGCUAGUCCAACCAGUACUUUAAGGCCGAAACGACCAAGGGCGAGAUCAGCUGACGAAUCGACAAAGAAUCUUUUGGCACCCAGAGAAUCCAUAGAAGACUGGGAGAUUCCAGCGGAUGAGAUUCUAAUAGGAGCUCGAAUCGGUUCUGGUUCUUUUGGAACGGUAUACAAGGCUCACUGGCACGGACCUGUAGCUGUGAAAAUGCUUAAUGUUAAGAUACCCACUGAUGCUCAGUUACAAGCAUUUAAAAACGAAGUUGCAGUUCUGAGGAAAACACGGCACGUAAAUAUCCUUUUGUUCAUGGGUUGUGUCAGCAAGCCACAGCUCGCUAUUGUUACUCAAUGGUGCGAAGGUUCUUCUUUAUAUAAACAUUUACACGUAUUCGAAACGAAGUUCGACUUGUUCACAUUGAUCGAAAUUGGGAGGCAGACCGCGCAAGGUAUGGACUACUUACACGCCAAAAAUAUUAUCCACCGAGAUUUAAAAAGUAAUAAUAUAUUUCUACACGACGAUCUCACCGUGAAAAUCGGAGACUUCGGCCUGGCCACGGCGAAGACCAGGUGGUCCGGCUCUCAACAGUUUCACCAGCCGACAGGAUCCAUUCUGUGGAUGGCACCGGAAGUGAUAAGAAUGCAAGAGGAAAAUCCGUACAGUUUCCAGUCAGACGUCUACGCGUUCGGUGUUGUUUUAUUCGAAUUGCUGGCUAGUCAGUUACCGUAUUCGCACAUCAACAACAAAGAUCAAAUACUGUUCAUGGUCGGACGCGGGAAUUUAUGCCCCGAUCUAAACAAACUGCGCUCGGACACUCCCAAAGCGUUGAAGAGACUGACGGAGGAUUGCAUCAAAUUCUCCAGAGACGAGCGUCCGAUAUUUCGUCAGAUUUUGGCUAGCUUAGAAAGUCUUUCCCGCGGAUUGCCGAAGAUCACCAGAUCCGCGUCCGAGCCGAACUUGAACAGGACGCAGCUGCAGUCGGACGACUUCCUGUACACCUGCGCGUCGCCGAAAACUCCGGUGAACUUCCAGUUCGGAGCGUUCUCCUUUUACCCUUCCGGCGGGAACAUAUAAUGGCGUCGCGCGGAGAAACGAGUCUGACGCGGUUCCCGUAAAUCGAGGAUACUUCAAACAAUUCAAUGGGGAGAGGAUCGUAAUAAACUUAGGCCAUGAACAAUCUGCGUAAUUCUUUUCGGACUACACUUCGAUUGUGCUUGCAACCGUUUGCUCGAUGUAGAAUGUGAUUAAACAACAACAACAACCAACAACAACAAGAAUAACUACAACAACAACAACAACAAAAAGGAGAUAUACUUAACGCAAGUAAGGAAAGACACGGAGAGACCGGAGAUCGAUGUUACGCGACGACCGAGACCCCGAUGUAUUUCGCGGUUGAGGAAGGUGUAGCUUUUAUCUUUACAAAACUUACUAUCCGUGCGAGGAGGGGAAUUUUUAUUUUGACAGAGUCCUUCCGACGCGCUCGUAUAAAUGCGUUAUUCAUAGAGGCGUGCGUGUACACAUGCGCGAUCGGCGUAGAGGCCUCUGUCGUCUUCGCGGAAUCCUUGUGAAGGAUGUAAAAAUAAAGUAAGUAAUAGAAAUAAACGGCAUUUAAUUCGCGUGGGCCGUCAUUCAUCUGUGGAAGUAUUUUUGCAAUGACCGAAGUGAUUUUUGUACCUUCUUCCUUCGUGUAUCGUCUUGAAUAUGCUCACACGAGAAUUGUUCCUUUUCGUAACUUAUAAUUUAUAGUCUAACGUUAAGAAGAGGUAAACAUUUUCGACAUAGACUAAUUUAGCGGACACUCUUUAGAGAUAGUUGCAACAGUUU